AUGGCUUUAUCAAGCACUAACCGCCACUGGCUUAAAAUAACCGGAUUAUUCUUAAAUACAUGUUUUGAGAGUAUUUGUGGGGUUCCACAUGUAUCACCCAAAAAAAAUAUAUCCUUUUUACUUGCUUGGUUUCACUAUAAAUUUCCAACUCAGCAAGUGUUUUAUGCAUAUCCAAUAUCUAAGAACAUGAAGCUCGUUUACUGCUUUCUGGUUUUUCUUGCUAUUUCAGGCAUUUCCCAGCUUAAUGUGGCAGAAGGAGCAGGUGAAUGUGGGAAAUCAUCACCUGAUAGGGAAGCCUGGAAGUUAGCUCCAUGUGCAAUGGCUGCACAAGAUACUAACGCUCCCGUUUCCAGCAGUUGCUGCCAACAGGUGAAAAAAAUAGGCCAGAACCCGCCAUGUCUAUGCGCUGUCAUGCUUUCCAACACGGCUAAAAAUUCGGGAAUCAAGCCGGAAAUCGCCAUCACCAUUCCGAAACGCUGCAACAUUGCUGAUCGUCCUGUUGGUUACCAAUGUGGAGCUUACACUCUGCCAUGAGUACGAUGACAAAAAGUCACGGUUCCCGAUGUUGCUUGUGUGCUUACUCGUAGUUCCGUGCUUGCUGGAAUUUGUGCUUUCCAUUAACCAGUUCAUAUAGCUGAUGAAUUGAAAUGUUCAAUCCAGCUAUUUGAAUGCUAAAUAAAAGCCUAUUUUUAGUUAUCUUAUU